AAAUCCAACACCUCCUGGUGGCUUCACAAUUUUUUCCAGCCUCAUUUGUCUCAGAAUUUUCAUUUUGUGGGGGGUCAUGCUCAGUUUGCUCCAUUCAAGCCACCGCGCACUAUGGAAGAUACACCAUCAGAAGAAGAAAUAGGCACUCCUCUUUCCACAACUAAGAAAAAUAAGUAUGUGACUGUUGACAGCGGGGAUGACUUUGAGUUACCUAGGACUGAGAAGCGAAUCCUUUGGGCACAAGAAGAAGAUGUCAGGCUGAUGAGCUCAUGGCUGCAUAAUUCAACGGACUCAAGCAUCGGCGCUGAUAGGAAGAAUGAACAAUAUUGGUAUGAUGUUGCUGACACCUACAAUGAGACUACCCCAAGUCAUAGGAGAAGAAAUGCUAAGCAAGCGAAGGACCGUUGGCAUAAGGUUAAUAAGUGGACUGAUCUCUUCCAUGGUGCUUGGUUGAAGGCUCGAAGGGUUUUUAUUAGUGGGUAUAAUGAUCAAAUGUGGAUUGAUAAGGCCCAUGUUUUCUACGUAGAAGAAAACAAAAAGCUCAAGCUGGGGCAUUUUGUUUUGAUGGAUGUAUGGUACACUGUCCAAAAUGAGGCAAAGUGGAUAACAUACAACAAUGAGUUGAAACAAGCACGCAAAAGGAAGAGUUCAGAUAAGGAUAAUUAAGGAGAGGACAUGGACAAUGCAGACCUGGAGGAUCUGGAAGAAAUUCCAAGGCCAAUGGGGAAAAAAAAAGCUAAAAAGGCAGCACUUGAAAAGAAAGCUAAAAAUGCCAACAAGGACAUUUACUACAGAUCUUGAGGAGAUGAAUACAUUUGGUAAAAUUCAGACUGAUGAACAUGCAAACCGGCUGAAGGUAUUGGAAGUACAAAAGAAGCUAUCAUCCGAGAAGAUUGAACAAGCAAAGCUUGCCCACCUAGCAGCAAAGGAGCAAAAGGAGGCUGCAGAGGUGCAAAGGGAGGCAAGAAAAUAUGAGUCGAAGCUAGAAUGUUUGAGACAUAUAACCGCCUCCUCGCUCUAGAUGUAGCAUUGACGUCCGGUGAUGAAAAGUUAGAGCAUGCAAAUACAAUGAAGUGUUUGAAGAAGAAAUUAUUUUCUGAUUGCAACUGAGAUUAGUGUUCCAUUUUAUGGUUUCUGUUGUGCUGCACUGCUGCCAUUUGAAAUAGUUGAUUGACUGUGCUGGGUUGCUUGCAGGUGCUGUUCACAUUGCUGUCCAUGGUGAACUGUGAUGAAAAACUGUGCCAUCUCUUGCAGUUUCUGUUAACUGUGAAAACUGUGAACUGUUUUUUUUGCUUCUGUGAACUACAGUUUGCUUCAUUAAUGGUGAAUUCUGUUAGUCAA